CAGAAAGACAGCUCGAUGAACGACGUCCUGUAAUCCGGACCUUGAGGAUGCCGGGCUGUCGCUGCUCCUCGGUGCUCUCUGCUCUCUGCUCUCUGCUUCCUCGGCUGCCCGCCAAGCCAAGAGUGACCGCCGACUCGCUCGUCGUUGACAACAGUCCUUUUUCAUCUUAGCCCCCUCGUGUCCCUGUCAAUCCACCCUCUUCAUUCUCCCUUCCCUCGAUCCCGCCGCCAAGGGCCAAGAGCGAGCCGUGCAGCGUACCUGGAUCUCUUCAAGGGCCAUCAUUCUCUAUAUCUAGUCCACCUUCGCAUCCGUAGCCAGGAUGGCUCCUCAUCCAACUCCCGUACCUAUCGCCGCGUAUUCGCACCACUACUUCAAGGGCAACAACAUGGCCCCCGCCGUCGUACCUGCUUUGGGCGAAGCUGGCCCGUCAUCAUGGCAAGGUCGAGGGGCUCCUCUCGUCGUCCGCUCACGGUCCCGCACGCCCGUCUUCUUUGAGCGCGGAGUCAUCAACACGGACGGCUCCUUCAAUGGUUCGUGUGCUUCGACGGCACAGUCUACGAUGCCACUCGAGGCGCCCGAGGGUAGCUGCGCAUCAUACUUCCCCGACAUUACGGCGUACUGCUGCUCAGGCAUUGGAGGGACGCUCGUCGAGGUCACCUACGAGAAUAUGGGGAUGCCUGCGAGCGCCUCUUCAUCAUCGUCGUCCACCAGCUCGUCCCCUUCCGACGGCUCUUCAGGCUCAUUCCGUGAAAAUGUCUGCCAGACCACCAACUACUCGGACGCGCUCGCCUGCUUCCAGCUCACAGCCCAGACCAACUGUAAAGCGGGCCAGACGGGGCUCUACGGCGUCUGCAAUGCGACGGGAAAUGACACGAGCAGUGUGACCCUCUCGCAAGACUCGACGACGUCGGGCGCGGAGAGCACUGGGUCGACGAGAGCGACGACUAGCGCAGCGGGGGCUGGGACUUCUGCGUCUUCGAGCUCGGCGGGGGCGGGAGCUGGAGCUACGAUGGAGGGGCAGACUAUUGUGCCUACCGCAGCGUCUACUGGUGGAAGUAAUGCUGCGGGAGACUCGAGGGGCAGGCCCGGGUGGAAGGCGUCAUCCGCUAUUGCGGGCCUGGUGCUAAUGAGCGUGCUCCUCCAGGCGUAGAACACCUUUUCAUCGCGCUUUUUUUUCCCUUUGUAUACCCUAUCGCCGUAUCUUUGCUCUCAUUGCGUCGCUUCAAUCGAAGAUGAGUGCUA